GUGAAAAUAUCGAAAAUGAUGCGAGUAAAUUGUAUAGUGGUGCUACUAAUUGCAAGUGUAGUGACAGCAGACAGUGGAAAGUCUGCAUUGGACUUGAUUCUUCUGCACAAUAAUGAUUUGCACGGUCGUUUCGUCGAAACCACCAUAGAUCGAUCUGACUGCCGUCCAGAAGAAUUUCUUGCCAACAAAUGCUACGGCGGUUUUGCCCGCAUUUCAACACUGGUUAAACGCUAUCGCAGCGAUCAAGAGAAAGACAACGGACUACCAGUUCUAUUCCUGAAUGCUGGCGAUACCUACGUUGGGACUCCGUGGUUUUACCUAUUCAAACAUGAAAUUGCGGCGGAACUUAUGUCCGUUUUAAGACCCGAUGUUGGUGCAUUAGGAAACCACGAAUUUGACUACGGUAUAAAAGGACUGGUACCGUUUUUGAGAAAUAUAAAUUUCCCGAUUGCAGUGGCCAACUUGAAUAUUUCGACAGACCAUCAAUUGUGGCAAACAAAUGCACUCCAUCGAUCUGUUGUGCUCAAUGUGAAAGGGUUCGAAAUUGGUGUUGUUGGUUAUUUGCUACCGCAAACGGUAAAUAAGUCAAAAACAGAAGAUGUUGGAAUUUUUUCCGAAGUCGAUGCCAUCAAUGAAGAAGCGAAGAAACUAAACGAACAGGGUGUUAAAAUAAUCAUUGCAUUGGGUCAUUCCGGCUAUAAAAUGGAUCAAGAGAUAGCAAAAGACUGUCCACUAGUCGAUUUGGUUGUGGGAGCACAU